AAAUAUCCACACAAAAUACGAGCUAUGGCAAAAUACACCACUUUUCUCGCCCUUCUCUUUUGCCUCUUCCUUGUUGCUGCAACUGAAAUACAAAUGGCAGAAGGGAAAUACUGUUGGAAAAAGAGUGACAAGUGGAAUGGACUUUGCCAAUACUCUUACAAAUGUAGUUAUCAUUGCAAGCACUACUAUGGAGCUAAAUAUGGUAUCUGUAAGAAGUAUAAACCAUGGGGUCACAAAUAUUACUGGGCAAAAUAUGCUUGCUACUGCUACUCACCUUGCCACUACUAAGAAUAUUUUAGUGUCUCAUGGCUUGGCUUUGACUAUGUAAACAAAUAAUUAAGAAGCUACCUAUUUUAUGUGUGUAACAAUGUAAUAAGGCUGAUUUAUGUAUGCAACUAUUUUGGCCAAGCUUUGCUUAAUGAAUAAAUGUAUUGUAUGUUUUUCUAUGAGUAUUAAUUGAUGUGAACUAUGGUGUUUUUCUAU